UCACCGCCGGCCACCGGUCCUUCCGUCCCUCUCGUUGGAGCAUGGAGUUCUGCUUUCGGAGCAGUUAGCCUGCCUUGAAGAAGUUUUCAUACCAAUUUCGUAGAGUUCUAUCUCCUAGACUUUGAUCUCCUUAUUGUCCUCAUCAUUUUCCUCAGUUGAAGUUGUUGAGAGUAGUAAACUAUUCUUCGGUGACAGUGCUCCCGACCUUGCACCUCCUACACAGAAUUUUGAUUUGAAAAGUUCGUUGUAACCUGCAACUGUGGAACAGAGCCAACUUCCCAACUGCAAUUUAUCUGGAUUUCAAUUCAAAGAUCCCCAUGGCGGAGAUUUGUACUGCGAGCGGCUAUGAGGGGGAUAGUGAAGGGGAGGGGAACGCUGCGCUGCUAAAAAACAAACGGACUGGACGAUGGACAAAAGAGGAGGAUGAGCGUCUGAGAGAAUUGGUUACCAAUUUUAAUAGUGCCGAGCCUGAUUGGCGAACAAUAGCACUGACCCUGGGCACCCGCAGUGAGGUCCAGUGUCAACAGCGAUGGACAAAGGUGCUCAGUCCUGACCUAGUGAAAGGUGCUUGGACGAAGGAGGAGGAUGAAAUUGUGUCUCAGCUAGUUCAAGAACAUGGCGCAAGAAAAUGGUCUUUGAUUGCCUCCUACUUAAAGGGUCGCAUUGGAAAGCAGUGCCGUGAAAGAUGGCACAAUCAUUUAAAUCCGGAUGUGAACAAGUCUGCGUGGACGUCGGAAGAGGAGACAAAGAUCUUUGAGUUACGGAGCCAGUUUGGCAACAAAUGGGCGGAGAUUGCCAAACAAAUGCCCGGGCGAACUGACAAUGCUAUCAAAAACCAUUGGAACUCCACGAUGAAGCGGCUAUACGAACCGGAUAAAGAAAAUGCCAAUCCAACGGCACCGAAGAAGAAGUCCAAGAAACCAGCUCUUUCUGCCACUAAUGAGCCACUCAAAUCACGGGACAUUACAACUGCAAAUGGCACGACCCAUAUAUUUGCGUUCAGCGGUAGAGAUAUCAAAAAAUCGCGACAAUCGGGAAUGAUCCCUCUGGGAACAUCAGUGAGUCUCAACUCUAGAAAUGAACCAGCCCAGUUCAAUGGAUUUGGCUCAAACUGCCCGUCAGCCAGUGUUCCACGCUCUACAGCUGCGUACAGCCAAGGCCAUCCCAGUAACGUCACCGCCUCAUCUACGACUGACCAGCAGUUACUGUCACUGCCCGACAUGACGACAGCGGGUUGCGAUUUGAGCUCUGUCAUGAUGCCAUCUGACAGUGGCAUUAGUCUGUCACCCGAAAUCCUUCGCCUGGGCCAUUCUGUUGCAGAGGCUCCCGGCUCAAUUCGUUCAUCUCGGCCGCCCCGCUCGAUGACCCCUGGGGAUGUUCUCAGCCCAUCCGAGCCUCCGUCAAAGCUCAUGUGUAUCUCGCCAAGUGGCCGGGCUGGAUCACAGCUCUGUACGCCUGGUGAUGCGAUCGAUGAGAGCAGUCCGGCUCCUGAUAACCUACGCCACCACCGCCUUUGUGAUGGUCUUCAGAGCGCGACUAGCUCCGCCACAUCUGCAUCGUCAAACCAUUUCCUCGGCGUACAACCUGGGGUGCCACUGAUGCUGUCACCGGGAUCGUUACACAGUUUAGACGGAAGCUGUUCACUGCCACACAUGUCACGCUUGAACAUAACGGGCGCCGGCAGUUCGUUUACCAGCGACAUAUCUAUCAAAGCCGACAUGGAUGCUGUGGAUGGCACGGUCGGCAGUGACGCGCUUGCUGGCAUCUUCAAUUUCGACAUGUCACUGCUCAGUCCGAGCAACGACUUUAUGAAACUACAGUCUACACCGGGUGGUAUCAUGCCUUCGCAGGCACUUCUCAGUGGGAAUUCACCGCUGAGUGGCUGGGAGCAGGUGACGUACGGUAAGACUGAGUCUCAACGAUGGCUGACACAGCAAGCGCUUAGUUUACUCCGCGCUGGCUCGCCCGCGACCGCUCAUGUUCAGAACAGCGUGGCGAUGUUUUCGUGAGGCCGCUAGUCUGGGUGUGUAUUUAUUACUUUCUUGUCGGUUCUCUCAUUAAUUAUAUCAGUAUUGUUUGGUGCCACUCUUCUUUCUGCUCUGCAACAAGUGAUAUUAUUAGCCUCAUCUUCUUAGGGUUUCUACAGUUGACAUACCGCAUUCCAUAAAACUUAUUCUUUUUUUACAAAAUUUAGGGGACCACACUUUCCAAUUGUUGAACAUUGACCAAAGUCCUAAGUAUGUUAGUGUUCUUUUGUUUGCAGGAUCUGCAGGCAGCAACUGAGAUUGUUUGCUUAUUUCUAUGAUUUGCUGACUGUGCUAACUUAUCUAUUCCGUUUCCGUUGUGCGGAUUCGCUUCACAUCAUACAUGUAUUGGUUCCGGAGUGUAUUUUGACGUUUCAAAAGAUCAACUCACUUUCUGUUUUCUCUUACCGUUCUUUGUAAUUCUAUAGGCUGCGACUUGAGAAUGUUUCAUUACGCAUCCAGAGACCUAUCCCUUUGUUGUCUACCCUUUUAUUAUGUUGCUCUACUCACCCCGUCCCUCCCUUUAUCUCUACCCUCGUUUUUGCUCUACGAGCACAAGGGUAUCAGUCUUCAACUGCCAUUCACGUUCGCCUGUUUGCUCCGUUUCUAUCGCUCUGUCCUGCUGAAGGAUUCAUUAGAAACUACCUUCUAACAUUAUUCUUGAGAAAGAGACCAAAGUGUCCAAUUCAGUAUCA